CGGAGGAAGAGAACAUUUGGCAGGCAACAAAGCCAACGCGGAGAUCGGAGCGAUAGCGAAGAAGAAAGGGCGAAGCCUCUCUGCGAGUGAAAGUGAAGUCUCGCUCACUGAGUCACUGAGUCGCUGCUUCACUGCUUCGCGGGUUCUCCUCUCCCCCCUCCCCCCGCUCUUCUCUCUCUCUGUGUCUCUGAUAAUUUACAGUAGCUUUGAGCUCAUCACCUCGCUGAUAAACUCUCUGUCGCGGCGAAAAUGGAGCAAAUCAUGGCUAUGUACAAGCUCGAAGCCUUCGGCAUCAUUUAGGCUUUCUGGACUUUCUUUUUUUCCCCUCCCUCCGACCUUCUCCUUCUUGAGCUCUCCCUCCCUCUCUCUUAUCCUUCUGUCUAUCAACUUAUUGCUGGAGAUGGCCUGCCGGAGCAUGAUGUCGGGGAACUUGGAGCCGGAGAGGAAGAGGAGCGGUGGGCUGAGGACGAAGCAAGCGGGAAGAGGGUCGUGCCGUGGCAGUUAGCUCGUGCCAGCCGAGCACCGGCACCGCCUAGUGCCUUUUGAUUUCCUUCUCUUGUCUGCUCGUGCACGCUUGGUUCGUGCGCGUUGCUUGCUUUCUCGUGACGCCUUUCGCUGUUUGGAGCUUCAUUGGAGGUCGAAGCGAUGGGGUACUUGCUGAAAGAAGCCCUCAAGACGAUCUGCGGCGUGAAUCAGUGGUCUUACGCCGUGUUCUGGAAAUUCGGCUGCCAAAAUCCCCAGCUGUUAAUAUGGGAAGACUGUUAUUAUGAGCCUCUGCGAUGUUGUGUUCCUCCGCCAACUGCUGGAUCUGUGAUCGGCAAAGUGCCUAUGGGGGAGUUUGAUGGAUGCUUGGUCCCUCCUGAUAAUCUCUUUGCUAGACCCGAAAAUCACGCAUCGGAUAAAAUUCAGUCACUGAUUGACAAGAUGAUGAUAAAAAAUCAGAUCAAUAUUUUAGGUGAAGGAAUAAUCGGACGAGCUGCGUUCACAGGAAAUCAUCAGUGGAUACUUUCAAGUAGUUAUAAUGGAGAUGCCUAUCCACCUGAGGUACAACAUGAGAUGCGUCAGCAAUUUUCAGCUGGAAUGCAGACAGUUGCAGUCGUUCCAAUCACUCCGCAUGGAGUUAUACAAGUCGGUUCUUCUUUACAUAUUAUGGAGAAUGUGAGAUUUGUGGAUGAAGUGAGGAGUUUGAUCCUGCAACUACGGUUUGUCCCAGGUUCCGUGUCUUCUGACACUUACCCAGCCAAAUUAGCUGUUUCUAUCGGUAUGCCUGCUGCAGAUCUAUCUAGAAAUGGUAUGGCUGCACCAACAGUUGUCAUGAGUGCAAAUGCUAAUUCGUCGGGGUUUGCUAAUCAUCGAUCUUGUUCUCAAAUAACACGAGUUCAAGACUAUCCUUGGACCACUGCUUUAGGAUUUCAGACUCCUAACCAGCCAUUGAGUUUGCUUGAGUCCCGUGGCCAACUUGGAGCUAGAGAUGUUGGAUCCCAAUCAGCUUGCAGCACACUCGAGGUAUGGCCGCACCAACAGGCUGCUUCAUCUAAUAAAAGGACAGGAUCCUGUCAUCAGAACGGGUUUGGCCAAUCGGGUGUUAACCACAACCACAUAGCAUCAACAGAGAUGAAUUUAUAUUCAGAUGUCUGUGCUCGAAACCUUGUCAGUGAAAAGAGUCAUGCAUUGGAUGGCUGUAUAACUUCUCAAUUGAGAAUAAACAAUGCAGUGGACAUUGAUAUGCAUAAAGUUUCAGAUAUAGCUCCGUUGCAUGGGGUCAAUAAUGGAAUGAGUUAUCAACUAAAGGAAAUUUCAAGACCGGUUUUCACAAAUAUGGAUGAGGUCAAAGUCCGGGGCAGUCUAUCAUCAAACUUGGAGGGUAUCCCUUUGAUGAGUGUAGAUGGCCACAAAACCACUAAAAUGAGCGAUUUGCUUUCAGGAGGCUCAAAUCAGACAAAUCAUCCCACGGACAUGCAAGCUACUGGAAUUGAUUUUCCUUCUGGGCAACUGAAGAUGGAAAGUGCUCUUGCAGGAGUUUUCAGUGGUUCAGAUGAGCAUGUGUCAGUGAAGGAGCUCAUUCCCCAGUCUCUUCUUGAUUUUGAGAAUUGUAAUAGCACAAAUUUUAGGCAUGUGGAAGAAACUUCACAUAAUUCAUCAGGAGAUGAUUUAUUUGACAUAUUGGGUGUGGAAUUCAAAAAUAAAAUACUAAGCAGCAAUUUCGGUAAAGUGGAUGGUGGUGGGCUUGAUGGUAGCCCAGGGAAGAUGGGCAAGGAAACGUUGGUUUCAGUUUUAGAGCAGGACUCUGAUUCGGCUUUAUACUCCACUAGUGAGAGCUUUUCAGAAAGUGGUGUUUUCCUGGGGGCUGGCGCCGGAGGUGGUGAUCUUUUAGAUGCGGUAAUUACGAGAGCUCCGAAGCAAUGUGCAGAUGAUGUUGUAUCCUGUAAGACGACAAUCACGAAUGUCAGUAGCUCCAGUUUGCCAGGUAGUUCUCCCAGCUAUAGCUGCUUUAGUGUGCUGGACAAGGUGCAAGGGGAGUCUAUUGGGUUCCCAAAGCCUCUGGUAAAGGUUGGGACAACAGCUCCUUGUUCUUUCAUAUCUGGCUGUAGCAAGGAGGGAACCCGCAGUCAUUCCUUCUGUGGAUCCCAGAUUAGUUCUUGGGUUGAGCAGAGUCAUGCUAUGAAGCUUGACAGUAGUGUCUCCACUGGUUAUUCCAAGAAGCCUGAUGAACUGGUAAAGUCAAAUCGCAAAAGGUUAAAACCUGGAGAGAAUCCUAGACCCAGGCCAAAGGACCGCCAGAUGAUCCAAGAUCGUGUGAAGGAGCUGCGGGAAAUUGUACCUAACGGGACAAAAUGUAGUAUAGAUGCUCUGCUGGAACGAACCAUUAAGCACAUGCUUUUCCUUCAGAGUGUCACGAAGCAUGGUGACAAGCUAAAACAAACAGCGGAGUCCAAAAUGCAGAUCAUUGACAGAGAAGGGGGAUUGCUUUUGAAAGACAAUUUUGAGGGGGGAGCAACAUGGGCAUUUGAAGUAGGUUCACAGGUCUGCCCAAUCAUAGUCGAGGAUCUUAACGCACCCCGUCAGAUGCUUGUAGAGAUGCUUUGUCAAGAACGGGGCUACUUUCUAGAGAUAGCUGACAUUAUCCGGGGAUUAGGAUUGACCAUUCUUAAGGGGGUAAUGGAAGCCCGGAAAGACAACAUUUGGGCACAGUUUGCUGUGGAGGCAAAUCGAGAUGUGACGAGGAUGGAGAUAUUUAUGUCACUUGUUCCACUUUUGGAGAAAACUACCAAGGGCGGUCUCGUGCAGGACACUGCCAUGGAGAGAGUUCAGAUGGUCCAGCCCUGCAUUGCUGUUGCAAUGCCCAAGACUGUGCAGUGACCACCUGCUAUGUAUUCUCCUUGGUCUGGCAAAGUGUUGAGAGCAAGCUUGGUUCUCACUUGCAAUGACCAACAUGGACUCCAGCCCAAAUCUGUCUAGCUGUUUUUAUGUGGAUUAACUUUCUUGAUCUCCUGCAAAAAGAUGAUCCAUGUCCUCGCAGCACACUCUGCUCGACGGUCAACCGGUGUUAAGGUAGCAGGAGGGCUUUUCUAUGAUGAAUUGGUCUGGCCCUCUUGCCGAAAGAUUUGAUAUGGGAUACGGCGGGGGGAAAAUAUGCAUUUCAUUUGUUGUUGAUUUUUGUUGCAGUUGUUCCUGAGGGAACUUGACAUUGAUGGGCUGACAUAUGAUCAAAUUAAGUGCCUAUUCGGCAUUGGCAGUCUUUAGAAUGUUCUGCCUGUUCCUUACCUUGGUAGGACUCCUUGUAAUCUUCUCCCGUUCUUCUUCUCUCAGGUCGUAGGCACUUGUAAUCUCUGUUUCUUCGCUUAUUCUUGUUUGUCCCAAGGAUUUGAACAUUCUCAA